AUGGUGCCUUCGGAAUCCACAGCGCUGGUCUCUGCUAAUAUGGCUCCACAGUUGCCUCUGAAACCAGCUGCAAGUUCCUCUGAAUCUGGUAGUUCUUCGUCGAUCGACGCCGCUGCACUUUGGGAUCAGCAAGAUCAACUCAUUCUGCGUUGGAUCAUUGCUUCCUUGUCUGAAUCUACCAUUUCUCACGUCGUCAGUGCCUCUACUUCGCAUGAGGCGUGGGAAAUCUCGGUGCAUGUCUUCGCGCCGACGUCUCGCACUCGAGUCAUGGACCUGAAGGACCGAUUAUUUUGUCUUCAGUGUGGCUCCGACACCAUCACGGAGUACCUUCUCACUGCUCGGUCCAUUGCCGAUACGUUUGCGGCGAUCGAUCAUCCGGUGAAUGACGAAGAUCUGGUUCUCGCCGUGCUACGGGGCCUUGGCAGCGAGUAUCGAGACUUUGCUGCCUCGAUUCGCCUUCGACCAACUCCGGUUACCUUUGUUGAAUUGUCAGGGCUACUUCUGAGCCAUGAGAGCUUUUUACGCUCAACUGAUGGUGCUGUUUCGGUUUCUUCGGCCAAUAUGGCCACUGGCACAUCCUCUGGUGGAGAUUCUAACCGAUCUGUGGACAAUCGCUCUGGUGGUGCACGCCGAUCUCGUGGCAAUCGUUACCGUAGCCAUCGGCACUCCAAUAAUGGUGCCAAAGGUACAAACGCCACUCGCGGAUCGCCUGAUCCACCGACUGCUGGGACUAAUUCUCGUGGCCAUGCUCGUGGAUCUGGUCAGCAGUCGCCUUCGGCAACCAGUUCGGCAACACUGUUUGCCAAAUAUGUUCUUAGACUGGCCAUCUGA